CGAGACUGUAAGCGUUUGUGCGACGAAGACUGAAAUAGAAAAAAUGGCGGACGAAGACGGAGAUAAUUUUGAUGACGAUUUAGAUGAAGUAGAAGAUGAAGAGCCACUUGAUGAACCUAUUAGUCAGCCACAAGACCAGGUUGAAGUGCUGUCCUCUGAUGCUGGUCUGGCAGUUCCACCUGAGAAGAGGAUCACUACACCUUACCUAACUAAAUAUGAAAGAGCAAGAGUGCUUGGGACCAGAGCACUGCAAAUAGCAAUGUGUGCCCCGGUGAUGGUAGAAUUGGAAGGAGAAACCGAUCCUCUACUCAUUGCCAUGAAAGAGUUAAAAGCAAGAAAGGUUCCACUCAUCAUUCGACGAUAUCUUCCUGAUGGAAGUUUCGAGGACUGGGCUGUGGAUGAACUUUUAAUGACAGAAUGAAAGAAUCACUUCCAAGCAAUUUUCAUUUCAUUUGUGAAAGAUUGUGAGAGAGAAAGAUGAUUGAUGACAGAAUCAGGGAGAUUUCAAAAGUAAGGCAUAGUGAGAGAGAAAGAUGAAUGAUGACAGAAUCCGUGAGUGUUCAGAAGAAAGUCAGAUCAAUGUUUUCUGUCCAUGUGUUUUGAUCAUUUCAUUUUACGUGUAAUUUUGUAUUUGUCCAAGAUAUAUGUAUUAAAACAAGUUUUACAUAAUAA